AUGUUAAAACGAGUACGAUCUAAAAGUGAAUCACGUAUUGAUAGUCGAAGAAAACUAUCAUCAUCAUCAUCAACAAUGACAGAUUUAAACGCACAUUCAGGUGAUAGAAAACGAGUAUGUGCAUUUACAAUUGAAGCAUGUCAAAUAUUAAAUGAAUUACGAAAAAAUAAUCUUUUAUGUGAUGCAAUAAUAUUAACCAAAAAAUACAUUGAAUAUCCAGUUCAUCGAUUUAUUUUAGCUGCUGUAAGUCCCUACUUUCGAAUGGCUUUUACAAGUGAAAAUCGAUAUUUACAAAUAGAUA